UGGGUGCGCGCCCCGGAUCCCGCUCCGUUGACUUCCGGCGCGCGGCGGGUGCCCGAGCUCGGAGCGCGCAGGUGAGCGUGCGAGUUCGAGCGGCCAGACUGCAUUUUGUCGGCAUUGUGUCGCUUUCUUUUUCUUUUUGAAUUCCUGGUUUGCAGACAGCAAUGGCAGCCCGAGUACUUGUAAUUGGCAAUGGAGGAAGAGAACAUACACUGGCUUGGAAACUUGCACAGUCUGAUCAUGUUAAACAGGUGUUGGUUGCCCCAGGAAAUGCAGGCACUGCCUGCUCUGAAAAGAUUUCAAAUGCUGCCAUCUCCAUCAGUGAUCACAGCGCCCUUGCUCAAUUCUGCAAAGAUGAGGAAAUUGAAUUUGUAGUUGUUGGACCAGAGGCACCUCUGGCUGCUGGAAUUGUUGGGAACCUGACAUCUGCAGGAGUGCGAUGCUUUGGCCCCACAGCAGAAGCGGCUCAGUUAGAGUCCAGCAAAAGAUUUGCCAAGGAGUUUAUGGAUCGACAUGGAAUCCCAACUGCACAAUGGAGAGCUUUCACCAAACCUGAAGAGGCCUGCAGCUUCAUUAUGAGUGCCAGCUUCCCUGCUUUGGUUGUGAAGGCCAGUGGUCUUGCAGCUGGGAAAGGGGUGAUUGUUGCAAAGAGCAAAGAAGAGGCCUGCAAAGCUGUACAGGAGAUCAUGCAGGAUAAAGCUUUUGGAGCAGCUGGAGAAACAGUUAUCAUUGAAGAACUUCUUGAAGGAGAAGAAGUGUCUUGUCUGUGCUUCACUGAUGGAAGGACUGUGGCCCCCAUGCCCCCAGCACAGGACCAUAAGCGAUUGCUAGAAGGAGAUCACGGCCCCAACACCGGGGGAAUGGGAGCCUAUUGCCCAGUACCUCAGGUUUCUAAGGAUUUGUUGCUAAAAAUUAAAAAUAUCAUUCUUCAGAGGACAGUGGAUGGCAUGCAGCAAGAGGGUACGCCAUACACAGGUGUUCUCUAUGCUGGUAUAAUGCUGACUAAGGAUGGCCCAAGAGUUCUGGAGUUUAAUUGCCGUUUCGGUGAUCCAGAGUGCCAAGUCAUCCUCCCACUUCUUAAAACUGAUCUUUAUGAAGUGAUUCAGUCUACCUUAGAUGGCCUGCUGUGUACCUCUCUGCCUGUUUGGCUUGAAAAUCACACUGCUAUAACUAUUGUCAUGGCAAGUAAAGGUUAUCCAGGAGACUACACCAAGGGUGUGGAGAUAACAGGGUUUUCUGAGGCUCAGGCUUUGGGACUGGAGGUGUUCCAAGCAGGUACUGCCCUAAAAGAUGGCAAAGUGGUGACUAAUGGUGGUAGAGUCCUUACAGUAACAGCCAUCCAGGAAAAUCUCAUCUCAGCCCUUGAAGAAGCCAAGAAAGGACUAGCUGCUAUAAAGUUUGAGGGAGCCAUUUACAGAAGGGACAUCGGCUAUCGUGCCAUAGCUUUCCUUCAGCAGCCCAGGGGCCUGACUUAUAAGGAAUCUGGGGUAGACAUUGCAGCUGGAAAUAUGCUGGUCAGGAAAAUUAAACAUUUAGCAAAAGCCACCUCUAGACCAGGCUGUGAUGUUGAUCUUGGAGGUUUUGCUGGUCUUUUUGAUUUGAAAGCAGCUGGUUUCAAAGAUCCUCUUUUGGCCUGUGGAACAGAUGGUGUUGGAACAAAACUGAAGAUUGCCCAGCAGUGCAAUAAACAUGAUACCAUUGGUCAGGAUUUGGUUGCAAUGUGUGUAAAUGAUAUUCUGGCACAAGGAGCAGAGCCCCUCUUCUUCCUUGAUUACUUUGCCUGUGGAAAACUUGACCUCGAUACAACUGAAGCAGUUGUUGCUGGAAUUGCUAAAGCCUGUGGAAAAGCUGGAUGUGCUCUCCUUGGUGGCGAAACAGCAGAAAUGCCUGACAUGUAUACUCCAGGAGAGUAUGACCUAGCCGGUUUUGCCGUCGGUGCCAUGGAGCGGCAUCAGAAACUCCCUCAUCUGGAAAGAAUCGCCGAAGGGGAUGUUGUCAUUGGAAUAGCUUCAUCUGGUCUUCACAGCAAUGGGUUUAGCCUCGUGAGGAAAAUUGUAGCGAAAUCUUCCCUUCAGUACUCCUCCCCAGCACCCGAUGGCUGCGGUGACCAGACAUUAGGAGACUUGCUUCUAACUCCAACCAGAAUCUACAGCCAUUCACUCUUACCUGUAUUACGUUCAGGACACGUCAAGGCCUUUGCCCACAUUACUGGUGGAGGAUUGCUAGAAAACAUCCCCAGAGUCCUCCCUCAGAAAUUUGCGGUGGAUUUAGAUGCCCAGACCUGGAGGAUCCCCAGGAUCUUCUCGUGGUUACAGCAGGAAGGACAGCUGUCUGAAGAAGAGAUGGCCAGAACAUUUAACUGUGGGGUUGGGGCUGCCCUCGUGGUAUCAAAGGACGUGACAAAGCAGAUUCUGAAGGAUAUUCAGCAGCACCAGGAAGAAGCUUGGGUGAUUGGCAGGGUGGUGGCAUGUCCUGAAGGUUCUCCUCGUGUGAAAGUCAGGCACCUAAUCGAAGCCAUGCAGAUAAAUGGAUCAGUAUUGGAGAAUGGCACCCUGAAAAGCCAUUUCACUGCCCAACCAAAAAAGGCAAGAGUGGCUGUCUUAAUAUCUGGAACAGGAUCCAACCUCCAAGCUCUGAUAGACAGCACUCGGGAGCCGAGCAGCUGUGCACACAUUGUUGUCGUCGUCUCCAACAAAGCAGCGGUGGCUGGCUUAGAUAAAGCAGCGAGAGCUGGAAUUCCUACCAGAGUAAUUAAUCAUAACUUAUAUAAAAGUCGUGUAGAAUUUGACACUGCAAUUGACCAAGUCCUUGAAGAGUUCUCCACAGACAUAGUCUGUCUCGCAGGAUUCAUGAGAAUUUUAUCUGGCCCCUUUGUCAGAAAAUGGAAUGGGAAAAUGCUCAACAUCCACCCUUCCUUGCUCCCUUCUUUUAAGGGGUCAAAUGCCCACGAGCAAGCCCUGGGUGCCGGUGUCAAAGUAACUGGGUGCACGGUGCACUUUGUAGCUGAAGAAGUAGAUGCUGGACAAAUUAUUUUGCAAGAAGCUGUUCCUGUGAAGAGGGGUGACACUGUUGCAACUCUGUCUGAAAGAGUGAAAUCAGCAGAGCAUAAAAUAUUUCCCGCAGCCCUCCAGCUGGUGGCCAGUGGAACUGUGUGGCUUGGAGAAAAUGGCAAACUCUGUUGGGUUAAGGAGAAAUGAAGCUGCCUAAUUCAGGAAUGGAGCCAGUUUUGAAAGAAGUCUAGCUGUUUACAUGGUGGCUUUUUUAUCAUAGACUCGUCCCAAAAUAAUGGCUGAAAAAGAGGACCUCACCCUUAUUUCUUUGGCUGUUUUUUACAUGAACAAAAAUUCAUUCCAAGCAAGACUGGUGCAGCAUAUCUAAGAUAUAUAUCUGCUUCAUUGGUCUUCCAGGUUUUACCUGUUUACGACCUUGUUCAGAAUCAAGCUAGUCAUUCAGAACACCUUUCAUUUUCAGCCAGAUACUAAAAUUCUUACUCUUUCUUUUUCUGACCAAUAUUUUUUUUUAGUUAUAUGUUUUCUAAUCUUUGAAGAGUUAACCAACAAGUCUAAUAAUAAAUUAAUCUCUCUGUUGUUUUGAA